ACGAGAAACUACUAUCGUUCUUGAGAAACCAAAGUAGAAUUUAUAAGAAUGUAAUGGAUGGAGAAGAGAAAACCUAUGGUGGCUGUGAAGGCCCUGAUGCCGUGUAUGUCAAAUUAAUAUCCUCUGAUGGUCAUGAAUUUAUUGUAAAAAGAGAGCAUGCACUAACAUCAGGAACAAUAAAACCCAUGUUGAGUGGCCCAGGUCGGUUUGCCGAAAAUGAAACCAAUGAGGUCAAUUUUAGAGAGAUUCCUUCACACGUGCUAUCAAAAGUAUGCAUGUAUUUUACCUACAAGGUUCGCUACACUAACAGCUCCACUGAGAUUCCCAAAUUCCCAACUGCACCUGAAAUUGCACUGGAACUGCUGAUGGCUGUGAACUUCCUAGAUUGUUACAUAAAAUAA